UUUUAAUCAAUAAUGUUCUCUAAAAUUGUAUAUAACGUAAGUACAUCUAUAUAAGCAAAUUUAUAAUAAAUACUUUAUAUUAGUAAAUUGUAAAAUUUGCAAUAAGUAAAUUACUUUUAUUUGCACUCUGAGGCACAAAUUGGCACUUUUUUAAUAUUCUUCUUUUAAUUUUCAUCUGUGAUAUUAUUUUCUAAAAUUUAAGUUAUAAUGAUAAUUAUAUAUACAUUAUAACAUAUCAUAUUAUUAUAAUUUAUUGCAUUAAUUACAAAUUAUAAUUAAUGUGCAUAAUUUAUUACAAGAUUUCAAUUCGACAGUCGACAGAUCCGGGAUCGUUGUAUCCCGGAUUCGCGGCGUUUCUCUCCUGCUUUUCUAUUAUGCGAAACGAUUUGUAAGACUUCCCUUCAACGUGAAAAUUUGGAAUUCAUCACCAAGGAUUUUUUUUACAGAUUUGCGUUUUAAUCAAUUUCAAGCAGGUGUCGUUUCAAUGAGCCUCUAAUUUUGACGGUACUGAACACCGGGACUUUCACAAAUGCAAAAAUUGUAAUUUUAGCAGCAAGAGAGAGAGAGAGAGAGAGAGAGAGAGAGAGAGAGAGAGAGAGAGAGAGAGAGAUCGUAUUGAAAUAUUAAAGUUUGUAAAUGAAAGGAGAUAUUAUCGGGAAAGAGAGCGAAGAUCGCUAUAUUGAUUAGGUUUCGCUUGUCGAACUUGAGAAUCGCGCGAACUGUGAUACGUUAUUGUGAGGUUUAUCGGCGGCGAAGGCAGACGACGGUCGGCGCGUCAUGAACAUGUGCCGGAAACCACCUCGUGCAACCCGCGAACAUUUCCGCCAGCCGGCUGCCGAAGGUCGGGCCGCCGUUCGAUCUAGUGUCACAUGUCGACAGGAAGCUCGCGCGGCCGGGCGACCUGGUUGCUACUUCUUGAGCAAUUUCGCAUCCGUGCCGAGCGUGCCCAUCAAGUACAGCGCGAACGGGAGCGGAAGUCACGAGUUUCUCGCUCUGGAGUACCAUUCGCCGCACGUGUCUGCGAUCGAUAUCGAAGUCGAGGCGGAUUACAAUGCCGCGCCCGCGGGAGGAUCCCUAGGUCGCAUCAGCGAAGUGCACGUGAACGGCAGGGCACUCGAUCGCACUGUAGUGACAGUCGUCAUGACCAAUAUGGGACUGACUUCGAUGUCGUAUCGACCAAGGCUCGCGAAAUGUCCCGACAAUCUCCCAGAAUCCUGGAUGAACGCUACGUUUCCUAGAAAAAUAAUUCCACCUCGACGAGAUCAAACAGCGAGCUUGGAUCUCUACGGCGAGCUGCCCAUAAACGAAUUUCAUUGUUCCGGUGACUUUAACGACCCAGAGAGAAUAAAUAAACUAUAAUCGCAUCUAAAAAUUGCAUUUUGAAACGAUACUUGAGAAAUGUAAAGAUUAAAAUGCUCAAAUUUACAUUUAAUUCUAUACGUUUUUUUUUUAAUCUAAAGUGAUUUUUUUCAUGAAUGUGACCAAAAAAGAGGGGGAACUGAUUUAGUUUCCCGUAGAGUUAUCGGACUCUAAAAUACUGCAGGCGACUUUCACUGCCACAAUGCGCGAAAUCGUACGUAUAAUUCGAGUAACGCGCUGGACGCUUGCGUUUUUCAGUGCAAUUACUGAAUCGUCUGGGAGGACUAGUGGGCCACUAGGAGGAUAAAGAUACGGAAAAUGGAUCGUUGCACUUGCAUGUUGCACUGCCUGUGCGUGUGUGAGAGUGAGGCGCGUGUCACCGACUGCAGACCGAUGUCACCGGAGCUUUAUCGCGCCGCUGGAUUUCGCGGUCCUGUUCCUGCAGCCACCCGUGAAAUUUUCACAAAAACCAUGAACAUUCUAUGCUUCAUCGUUUCAUCGAUACUACUCUUGCUUUUCAUAGGUUUCCUGAAAUGGUUGAUCGGCUUGUACAUACCGAUGGUAGGUCGUUGGGGCUUAGAUUCUCUAUUGGAAACUGGCGGAAUGUCGGAGUACUUCGAACGAGAAUUAAAAUAUAAAUACGUGGUGACGGAUGAGCACGGUACACCGGUGCAUCCGGAUACGCGCAAGAAAACCGUCAGAAUAUGUAGCAGGUACAGGGAGAUAACUAUAGUUAUAAUACAGUACGAUAAAUAUUGUAGAUAAGUGCGUGAAACGUGAUACGACUUUCGACGAGUGUGUGUUCUGCAAGAAGGCGGAAUUCUUCUUGAACACGAUGUUCUUUUUGAUUUUUCCGUUCGCAAUUUGCUGCCUCCGUCUUAAGAAGUCGUUUCGUCGACCCGCCCGAAGACGUUGUUGCUCGGAUGAAUCUAAAGUAAGAGCUCUGCCUUUCCGCCUUUACGUCGUACGUUAAAUUGGAAGGGAAUUUCAUGACGUAAUGAUCUUUAUACCGUUCCUUGCGGCAUGUAUCGCGUCUUUUCGUUUAGAUUAGUUUGACGAGCGACAGGAGCGAACGUAUAAAAACGAUUUGCGUGAGCAUUUACGGCGAUAGUCGAGAUUCGUGAAUGGAAGCCGAGGACACCAAAUAUGUGAUGGACGAAUUGAAGAAAUCUGAGGAAUCGUUACGUAGCCGUACUAGAAGUAAAGUAAGAAACAAGAGAAGUAAAUUAAUUUUUGUUUAUUACUAAUCUAUAGUAUAUAAUAAAAACCACGGUCUUGUAUACAGGUCUCG